AUGAUCGGGAUCUUGACAGCCAUAUGGGUAAUUAUCGUGGAUGUGGCAUUCUUCUGGCAGCGGAAAUUCAUCCACUGGUUGACGCGGAAGAAGCCCACCCGGCUGUGGUUCGAUAUCCUUCGAGAUGCGAAGACAUACGAUGAAUGGGAAGAAGCGGCAUUCCAGCUCGACGUGCUCUUAGGAAACGACUUAUGGCGACAGAACCCCACGUCGAAAUACUACGAUUACCGACUCAUCUACGAGCGUCUCCAGUCGAUCAUCAUUGCGCGCGAAGAAGGAGAUAUCCUACAGCUAGUCAAUCUACUUCGAUCUGGUCUUGUUCGGAACUUGGGCAAUAUAUGCAGUCCGCGGUUAUUCAAUAGGGCAUUUGCGGGGACGAAGUUGCUGAUCGAAGAUUAUAUUACGCAAGUAGCGCAAGCUAUCGCAGAUGUCGCUAGGCUACCAACCUCACCAGGAGCUGAUGGAAAUGGGAUAAUCGCCGGCUUCAGCAGCCAGGUGAAGUUGGAUCUACUACAUGAUACAAGACAGGCUUUUGGGAGGAGUACGCUUGUUCUCCAGGGCGGCUCCAUAUUUGGAUUGUGCCACCUAGGAGUGGUCAAGGCACUAUUUGCUCGAGGGCUUCUCCCGAGGAUUAUUACUGGGACGGCUACAGGAGCUUUGAUCGCGGCUCUAGUGGGUAUACAUACCGAAGAUGAGCUGCCUAAAUUCCUCAGCGGCGAGAGUAUCGACCUCACUGCUUUUGCCGGUAAGAGCAGCGUCCAGGGGAGCGGCUGGUGGGCUACUUUGAGGAGAAGAGUUGGGAGAUUCUGGAACGAGGGUUACUUCUUGGAUAUGAACGUGUUGGAGGAAUGUGUUCGAGCUAAUGUUGGAGAUAUGACGUUUGAAGAGGCAUAUAACAGGACGAAACGGGUUCUUAAUAUCACGGUUGCAACGAGUGGAAAGAGCGGGGUGCCUGAUUUGCUAAAUUAUCUAACAGCACCGAACGUGUUAAUUUGGUCUGCGGCAGUAGCAUCCAAUGCCUCGACUCCAUCACUCUAUGGCCGUACCGUCACAUUGAGAUGUAAAGAUAUCUCUGGCGCCAUCGUGCCAUGGUCUGCCGCCACGGAUACCACAUUUCGCCCUUGGACCCACGCUUCCUAUACCGACCGAGACUCGCCAUUAACUCGAAUCGCGGAGUUAUUCAACGUCAAUCAUUUCAUCGUAUCACAAGCUCGACCAUACCUGGUUCCAUUUCUGCAGAGCGAUAUGCAUGGCCCGUCACCAGUUUACCAUCGACAAGACCGAACCUCCUUGAACGGAGGACUCAUCAGGCUAUUUACCAUGGAGAUCCAUCACCGAUUACAGCAACUCGAUAGUCUUGGUCUCCUUCCCCUAUCAAUCAGACGCUUCUUAGUUGACCAACACAUACCAUCAGCCUCCGUCACGCUCGUCCCCGAAAUCUCGGUAAGCGAUUUCGUUCGAUUACUCGAAACUCCAACACAGGCUAGUCUACACUAUUGGAUUUUGCGCGGGGAAAGAAGCGUUUGGCCCGCCGUUGGGGCUUUGAAGGUCAGAUGCGCUGUGGAAACGGAACUCGAUCGUGGAUAUCAGAUAGUCAGACGGCGUAAGGCAGGUGGUUUGCGGAGACGAGGCAGCGCUGUCGAAUCCGCUAAUGGGAAGGAAAGGACGAACGAACGGGGGCGUGCUAACAGUGCCGGUGCGAAAUGA